AUGGUUGUAAAUAGGCGUGAAAGAUUUUCUAGACUUCCGAGAGACCGGCAGCAGCUCACUGAGGACAGACUGGCCGCGUUUUUUGCGAGUGAGAAUAUCGAGGAUGAAGAAGAUGAUCCGUUCGGAGGUGAUGAUGCUGAUGAGGACUAUAUCCCCCCUGAUGAAGCGGCGUCCGAUGCUGAAGAAAAGUUGCACAUUGAGAAGAAUGUUGCGGUGGACAGUGACGAUAGUGAUGCAGAAGAGGAAGAAGAUGAAGAAGAUGAUCCGUUCAGAAGUGAUGAUGCUGAUGAGGACUAUAUUCCCCCUGAUGAAGCGACGUCCGAUGCUGAAGAAAAGUUGCACAUUGAGAAGAAUGUUGCGGUGGAAAGUGACGAUAGUGAUGAAGAAGUUGUCGAAGGACAGGCGGUUACUGUGAAUAAUUCACAAUUGCCCGUUGGCGAAUUUUACACAUCCAAAGAUGGGGUUGUGUGGAUGAAAAAUCCACCG